CAAGAGUUCUGGAAUCCGGGGGCUGGGUUUGAAUCUCCGUAGCAGUUGGGUAGCUAAAGGCCUCUGGCAAAAGCUCUGGUUAGCCGGCAGAGGCCAGAGAGUUGCCAGCUCUGUGAAGGCCUGGAGUAGCCUUUCAGAAACCGGAAGAGGAGUCCUCUGGAAGGACCCGAGUUUGAUUCCGACCUACUCCAGGAACAGUCAGGACUAGAGAGCAUCUUUUCCUUGAAAAAGAUUACAUGUCGAAACGUGUUGGGAAUAAAGAGCAAGCUGUGCAGCUGUUGUCUUUCUUUCUGUGCAGAACAAAACAAGACCAAAACAUGACCUCUCCUUGGAUACAGGAAGAUGAGAAUGAAGGACCCAAACUGCGUUCUGGCGGCAGUACUCCCAGCAGCCACUGGGAACCAGUCUCAGCACUACUGGAGCUUGAAAGUGAAGAGAACACCACUUACCCCCUCCUAGAACUGGAGCAGCCCUGCCCCCCACCGCGGAAAGCCUCGCGCCAAUACCUGAAAAGGAUCAUUGCUGAAUAUGAGGCCUUGGACAUGGAAAUGCCUUGUAUCCGCAAGUUCCCCAAGCCACCAGCUGCGCGGCCCCUCUGCCUCUGCCUGGAGAGCCCGCCCGAAAAGGAGAUGAACCAUGCCGAAGUCCUAGAAGCUCUUGAGGCAGCCAUUCCCAAUGCCUUCGAAACUGGUAUCCUGCACAGCAUCCAGUUUGAGAACAUCAAUGUGAUCUGUGGGACGGCUGGACGGAAGAACAGGUGGCUGAUCACCGUGUCAGAUUUCCGGACCCGGAACCAGCUUCUGCGUUCGGGCUUGACCUUGGGCGGAAAUCACUUUGCCCUGCGGCGCUGGGAUGACCUGGUGAUGGAGGACUACCGUAUGCACCUCCGGAGGUCGGUCGCACGGCAGCGCCUCCUGGAGACCCUCAGUGAUUCCUGGGAUGCAAACCACCAGAAUGGGCUGUGAAGUCCCAGGAACAAAAGAAUCCGCAGCAAAAAGAAACCUGUUGUUUGCCUGUUUGUAUACUGGCUUGGGUUGGUUUAGUUCAGAGCUAUACAACUUUGACCCUCCAGAUGUUGUUGGAUUACAACGCCCCUCAUCCCCAUCCACAAUGGCCAGUAGUCCAGGAUGAUGGGGGUUGUAGUCCAACAUCUGCAGGAUGGCCGAAGUUGUGCAGCCCUGGUUUAGUUCCCCCCCACCCCCGAGGAGACUGCCAAGGUCAAUAUCUCCAGCUGAGUUUAUAUGAUGGGACUCUGGCUUGUUGGCCUUUCCUUCAGGAGCCAACAUCUUCUCAUGCCACUACUCCUGCUGAUAGCAAACCUGGAGAGAGGGCACCCCCUGGAGACCAUUCAUGGUACUUCUCUUAUUCCAUGUUUCUGCUAUACUGUAGAUAGCUCAUGUUGGCAUUCCAGCGGUGUAUGUAGAAGCCAUUCCUCCUCAUUUAAAAUGUGUGCAGGCUAGUUCUUGUGAUUCCUCAGGGAUAAGCAAAAGGGCUUGCUUCUCCAUAUUCUCACUUUGUGUCUUUCAGGACUUGAUCUAAGCCCUGCAAAGGAGUCUAAUUUGGGGGUAGCUUCUGGGUCUAAGUUUGGGGUGGCUUAGCUCAUUGGUCUUCAACUGAUGGUUCAGGAGUUGGGACCCACAACCAGUACCAUUUCGUCAUCAUCUAGGUUUUUGUUUUAAUUGAAGAAAAAUAGUCUCAUCAAGACAUAAAUGAGAGAUGGAAAAGAGAGGAAGAUAAAAACAAAAAGAGAGAAAGAAACCAAUAUAUGUUGGAGGGGGAGGGGGUGAGAGAGGGAGAAUGCAACUGAGAAAUGAAAGAAAAUAUUUUCAGAAGAUCUUCCACAUAUUUAGCAUGAAUUGAUAAGGGUGUGGGUGUGGGGGCGGGAUUCAGUUCCCUCUCACAUCUGCCCUUCACUCUUCAUUCUGACCCAAGAUAAACUUAAUCACUUACCUAAAUCUAGAGUGGGGAGUUUUUUCCUCAUAGAUCAACCCCAUACUGUGUCUGCACAAAAGAACAUCCCUGGUUUUAUUUUCUGAGACUUCGAUCCACCUUCUUAAUAGAAUAUGUGCUCUUA